GAGCGCUCUCAAUGUUCUUGAAUCCAUAUUCUCGUCCAUUUCCUCCCUUUUCCUAAACUGCAAAUCCCACCAGAAUAGCCAUAGCCUUCCUCCGGAUAUAUGAUAAGAGAUCGUCAUGCCCUCUUCUCUACCCGCACUUGUUUCCUCAUACAGAAGCUUCAUCAUCCAAUCGGUGUUCGCUUUCUCCCUCGCUCUCCUCCUCCACUUCUUCAGCAUCUUCGAUCUGUUUCUCAAUGGCCUCUUCACAUAUGUCCACCCAGACAACGUCAAUCCCUCUUCUUCUUCUUCUUCUUCUUCUUCUUCAAAUGGAUGCGAUUCGGAACUCAAGCCCAGGAAAAAGCCCAAGCAGAAUUUCGAAUUCGAUGAGAAUAAAGCUCAGAUCUUUCAGCUGAAGCUCAUAGGCUCCAAACGAGAAUUUAUUUCAGUGAGUUCGAGGGUGCUUUCUUUUGUGUUGCCCUUUCCUGCUUCUUGCUGUCCAGGGUAUCCCCGGAAUUCCUGGGUUUUAGGAAAUGGAUCUGCGGUUCCUGUUUUGUUAGGAUGUUUUGUUGCAUUGUGUAGGGUGUUUUUGUUAUUGGCUAGGACUGAGGUCUGCUUCGAAGAGUGUAGAGAAGCAAUUGAGUUUUCUGAUUGGGAUUUUCGGGUUUGUGCUGGGGCUGAUCAUAGUGUAUGGUGUUGUUCCUAAAUGGAUUCUUGAUUUUGGUUUUGGAUCAUUGGAUGGUUUCGGGAAGCUCCUUACUUCCCUGUUCAUGGGCUGGCCUCCUCUAUACCCCUGCAUCAAGGACUGCCCGGUCAUUUUGGUUCCUCGUUGCAAUUUGUCUAUAAUCUCUUGUGGGUGGUUUGCAAGAAUGCUUCUUUACUCUAACUAUCUGUUGAUCCUAUUUGCCUCAUUGCUUUGGAUUAGUCCUUUUUCGGAGCUACUUGUGAACAAGAAUCUUGAUCAUGAGAAAGUCCAGUCUGCUUCAGCCAAGCUGGUUGGCAAUGUGGGCAUCAGACUUUGAUAGAUUUCGACACUGGUGUUUAUUCGCUGCGGGUAUUCUUCAGAUUGUGACUCUUCGUUCAAAUGUCCAAAUGUACUUGAAUGAAGCAGUUCUAUGCUGGUACCAGAGACUGCAUUGCAGCAAAGUCCCUGAGUUGGAUUACAGCAGGGCCAAGGUUUUCCUUCACAACCAUCAUCUAUGUCUUGUGGCUUUGCAGUUCUUCGUGCCUGCUUCUAUGGUGCUCUUCUCUUCAUUGCUUUGCAGUUUCCCAUGGGUUAGUAGCCUGUUGCCUUGCCCUUUGUUGGAUAAAGAAGUGCCCUUGUUUAUGGCUUGGUGGGUUGUCUUUGUUUGCGCCGUUGUGAAUUCAACGGUUCUGGCUUUGUAUCGG